AGAGGAAGGUGCAACCUUAGAAGGGUUCCCUCCUCUUUCCUGCUGUGGUAUUGUAGCUGUUGGCCCCGGCUCUGUUGCUUGGUGGCACGGCACUGGCGAAGAACCCCACGGUCGGCCCUGGGCAAGUUGUGAGAUGCCAGGCGGACGCCGCUGCCCCGACUGCGACUCCACCGAGCUCGUGGAGGACUCCCACUAUUCUCAGAGCCAGCUAGUGUGCUCCGACUGCGGCUGCGUGAUCACCGAGGGAGUCCUUACCACCACCUUCGCAGACGAGGGUCACCUCCGAGAGGUAACAUAUUCCCAAAGCACAGGAGAAAAUGAGCAAGUUAGUCGCAGCCAGCAACGAGGUCUCCGCCGAGUGAGAGAUCUUUGUCGAGUUCUGCAGUUGCCAUCAACAUUCGAGGACACAGCAGUUGCCUACUACCAACAGGCGUACCGGCACUCUGGCAUUCGUGCUGCCCGGCUGCAGAAGAAGGAGGUGUUGGUUGGAUGCUGUGUCUUAAUUACCUGCCGGCAGCAUAACUGGCCCCUAACCAUGGGCACCAUCUGCACCCUGAUAUAUGCUGAUUUGGAUGUGUUUUCCGGUACCUACAUGCAGAUAGUGAAGCUUCUGGGGCUGGAUGUACCAUCUCUGUGCUUGGCAGACCUAGUGAAGACCUACUGUAGCAGCUUCAGACUGUUCCAAGCCUCCCCGUCUGUGCCAGCCAAAUACGUGGAAGACAAAGAGAAGAUGCUAUCACGAACGUUGCAGCUAGUGGAGUUAGCGAAUGAGACGUGGCUGGUGACCGGAAGACACCCUUUGCCUGUCAUCACUGCUGCUACUUUCCUGGCCUGGCAGUCGCUGCAGCCUUCAGGACGUCUGACGUGUUCCCUUGCCCGAUUCUGUAAAUUGGCAAAUGUGGACCUGCCCUACCCUGCCACGUCCCGCCUGCAGGAGCUGCUGGCUGUGCUGCUACAGAUGGCUGAGCAGCUGGCUUGGUUGCAGAUCCUGAAACUCAACAAACGGUCCGUGGUGAAACACAUCGGGGACCUUCUCCAGCACCGCCACACCCUGGUCCACAAGGCCUUUCGGGAUGGAACAGCAGAGAUGGAGGCCUGUGAGAGGGAGGUGCAGGGGCAGAGACAGGGAGAAGAGGAGGUGGGGGAUAGUUCCUUAGAUUUGCCUGUGCGGAAGCGAUCGGCUAGUCCUGCCCUUCUCCUCCCACCCUGCAUGCUGAAGCCCCCAAAGCAGCUCCGACCCACACCACCGGUCUGCACAGUCACUGGAGAUGAGAAUAUUUCUGAUAGUGAAAUAGAGCAGUAUCUGCGUACCCCUGAGGAAGUUAGGGACUUUCAGAGAGCCCAAGCCGCUGGACAGGCUGCCAAGUCUUCCUAACCCACUGUGAGGCACAUCCAGUAGGGGGCGCUUUACCCCAUUCUGACAGCAGCUUGAUAAUAGGCCCUGUCGUAUCCAGAGAAAUAAGCAUGUACAAGAUCUUAAGUGUCAUCUUUCUUGUUUGAAGAAACCAGGACGGGCUGUAUGAUUAGUUGGACCCAAGGUUCUGGAGUAGAACUCAGGAGGACUGCAGGGAUGACCGUGGGUUGGAGAGAAACUCGCAUUCUUGUGUCAGGGAGCAAAGCAAUGGGAUGCUUUCUUCUUAAGCUGUGGGGAAAGUAUCAGGCACUCUGCUGCUCCCAUUUUGAAUUGGACGCACUACUGCUGAUGCUGCUGCUGGCCUGAAGGGGCUUCCUGCUGCUUGUGGAACCAUUGGCAUUUCUAAUGGUAUCACCGCUCGGAGGAGCUGGAACUAGAGGGAACUCUCAGCCCUGUAUCCAUUUAUAAGUGUUGGUGGGUUUGUGUAUAUGGUGUCAUGAGAUCCUCUGCCUCAUAAUAAAAGGAUUGUGGCUGGACUAA